ACGGGUCAAAGAUGAAUCUAUUCCCUUCCAACCAGACUCUUGCACCUCCCCCCAGAGAGAAAUGGAACUCCAACACCCUGCACCCCGAGCAUCAGCUCCCAAACUACCUCUUCCUAAUCCCCAUGCAUAUCAGCUCGACACAGCUAGAAUCAACCCAGACCUAUUCAAACCGGUUAGAACCGACCCAGACCAGUUUAAACCUGUCAGAACCGACCCAGACCAGUUUAAACCUGUCAGAACCGACCCAGACCAGUUGAAACCUGUCAGAACUGACCCAAACCAGUUUAAACCUGUCAGAACCGACCCAGACCAGUUCAACACAGUUAGAACCGACCCAGACCAGUUUAAACUGGUUAUAACCGGCCCGGAUCAUUUUAAACCAUUCAGAACCGACCUGGACCAUUCCAGACCAGCCAAGGAGGAGCAGAGAGGGAAGAGAGAUCCCGGGUUUCGGCAGGACAGGGGCUCAGGGAGAGAGGACAAGCCCAGGAGAGAGGCUGACAUCAGGGUGGGUAGAGAACAGGAGAGAGACCCUGCCAAAGCUCCAGACACCAAGUCUGAGAAGAAGAGGAGGAGGAGGAAGGAGGAGGAGGAGGAGGAGAAGACGAGAAAGGAGGAGAGGAGUGUGUCUGAUAAGGAGAUGGAGGUGCCCCGAAUCAAGUCUCCCGGAGUGGAGCUCACCGAGACCGUAAAACCCUGCAACCUCAAAUGUGACGUAGAGGAGGAGAGGGCUUCCGUAAGGCCUCUGAUGGAGAGUGGGAUGGCAGGAGGACAACCCCAGAGGAAGAUUAAGACCAACAGAGAAGAAGGGAGGAGGGCCGGCAAGCUUGCGGGCGUGGCCGGAACAGAGGCAGCCAAUCAGAGCAGCUAUAUGAAGGGAAGCGUAGAGAGGAGCAAAGCCAAGAGGAACCGGAAGGUCCUAGCGUCCGAAGGACCGGGAACCACAGUGGACGACACCAGUCCCCCAGGGGGCAGUAGUCCUGUGUGUGGCGAUGGAUCAGAGGGCAGAGCAGAGCAGACGAAGACUGUCGUUAAAACACUGGAGGAAUACACCAAUGACAGCUCGGCACCUGCUGACGGACACAUAGUACUCAUACAGGUCAGAGACACACAGCUCUACACCUGUUAGACUAGAUGGUAC